AUGUACUACGACGUCAUUUUCGGUCGUCUCCAGGCUGUUGACCGUGAAAUCGUCAGCCAGUGCAUUCGCAUCAUGAACCGCGCCAACCCUACAUUGAUCGACUUCAUGCAGUACCACAUGGAUAAUUGCCCCACCGACCGUGGUGAGACCUACAAGCUAUCCAAGCAGCUGGGUCUGCAGCUCAUUGAGAAUUGCAAGGACGUCCUCAACGCCUCGCCCGUGUACAAGGACGUGGCUGUACCGACCGGGCCUCGCACGACCGUCGACGCCAAAGGCAAUCUGAAGUAUGAAGAGGUCCAGCGUCCGAGCUGCCGCAAGCUGGAGCACUACGUCCAGCAGAUGGCUGAGGGCGGCAAAAUCUCCGAGUACGGCAACAGGACCAAGGUCCAAAACGACCUCAAGCGCAUCUACAAGCUCAUCCGUGAGCAGCACAAGAUGUCCAAGACCUCACAGCUCGAGAUCAAGAGCCUCUACGGUGAUGUUCUGCGCUCUCUCAGCAUGAGCGAGAGUCAGAUUAUCCCCAAGGAGAACGGCAAGCCCAACGGUGUUAAGAAGGUCAGAACCAACGGUCCCGGCAAGGGCAAGGUUGAGACCAUUCCCUUCCUGCACCUGAAGCGCAAGACUCUCCACGGCUGGGACUACAGCAAGAAGCUCACGGCAUCGUACCUGACGUGCCUCGAGGAAGCUGCCAGAGACGGCGUCACCUACGCUGGCAAGUACGUCCUGAUGACCGGCGCUGGCGCUGGCUCCAUCGGAGCCGACGUUCUUCAGGGCCUCAUCAGCGGUGGUGCUAAGGUCGUCGUAACCACCAGCCGCUUCUCGCGCGAGGUCACCGAGUACUAUCAGUCCAUGUACGCUCGCUACGGUUCCAAGGGCUCCCAGCUUGUUGUCGUUCCUUUCAACCAGGGCAGCAAGCAGGAUGUCGAGGAGCUUGUUCAGUACAUCUACGACACGAAGACUGGUCUCGGCUGGGAUCUCGAUUUCAUUAUCCCCUUCGCUGCUAUUCCCGAGAACGGCCGCCAGAUUGACAACAUUGACUCCAAGUCUGAGCUGGCCCACCGUAUCAUGUUGACCAACCUCCUGCGUCUCCUGGGUUGUGUCAAGAUCCAGAAAGCUGAGCGUGGUUUCGAGACCCGCCCUGCCCAGGUCGUUCUUCCCAUGUCUCCCAACCACGGUACCUUCGGUAACGAUGGUCUGUACUCCGAGUCGAAGCUGGCACUCGAGACCCUGUUUAACAGGUGGCACUCCGAGGACUGGGGUCACUACCUCACCAUUUGCGGCGCCGUCAUUGGUUGGACUCGUGGCACUGGCCUCAUGGGCGGCAACAACGUUGUUGCUGAGGGUGUUGAGGCCUUUGGCGUCCGCACCUUCUCUCAGCAGGAGAUGGCGUUCAACCUCUUGGGUCUUCUGGCCCCUGCCAUCGUCGAUCUCUGCCAGUCCGAGCCUGUAUUUGCCGACCUGAACGGUGGUCUUCAGUUCAUCCCCAACCUGAAUGAAACCAUGACCAGACUUCGCAAGGACAUAAUGGAGACGAGCGAGACCCGUCGCAUCGUCGCCAAGGAGAACGCCAUUGAGAACAAGGUCGUCAACGGACCCGAUUCUGAACUCCUGUACAAGAAGAAGCUCAUCGAGCCCCGGGCCAACAUGAAGUUCGACUUCCCCCCCCUCCCCGACUGGGAUGCUGAGAUUGCUCCUCUCAACGACAAGCUCAAGGGUAUGGUCGAUCUUGAGAAGGUCGUCGUCGUCACCGGUUUCGCCGAGGUUGGUCCUUGGGGCAACUCCCGCACCCGUUGGGAGAUGGAGGCUUAUGGCGAGUUCUCUAUCGAGGGCUGUGUUGAGAUGGCUUGGAUCAUGGGUCUCAUCAAGAACCACAACGGCCCCAUUAAGGGCAAGCCAUACUCUGGAUGGGUUGAUGCCAAGACCGGUGACCCCAUUGAGGACAAGGACAUCAAGCCCAAGUUCGAGAAGCACAUUCUCGAGCACUCGGGUAUCCGUCUCAUCGAGCCUGAACUCUUCGAUGGCUACGACCCCAACCAGAAGCAGCUUCUCCACGAGGUCGUUAUUGAGGAGGACCUCGAGCCCUUCGAGGCAUCCAAGGAGACUGCUGAGGAGUUCAAGCGCGAGCACGGAGACAAGGUGGAGAUCUUUGAGAUUCCCGAGUCUGGCGAAUACAUUGUGCGCAUGAAGAAGGGCGCUGGCCUUAGAUUCCGAAGACCCUUCAAGUACGGUGUCCCGGAGGACAUCAUCGACCAGGUCGACCCCGUCACCCUCUUUGUCCUCGUCUCCGUCGCCGAGGCGCUUCUUUCGUCUGGUAUCACCGAUCCCUACGAAUUUUACAAGUACGUCCACGUCUCCGAGGUGGGCAACUGCAUUGGCUCCGGUAUGGGAGGUGCUGGCGCGCUCCGUGGUAUGCACCGCGAUCGCUUCCUCGACAAGCCAGUCCAGAACGAUAUUCUCCAGGAAUCAUUCAUCAACACCAUGGCCGCUUGGGUCAACAUGUUGCUCCUCUCCUCGUCGGGUCCCAUCAAGACGCCUGUUGGUGCUUGCGCCACCUCCGUCGAGUCGGUCGACAUUGGUUAUGAAACCAUCAUGGAAGGCAAGGCCAAGAUUGUCUUUGUCGGUGGUUUCGAUGACUUCGGUGAGGAGGGCUCUUACGAGUUCGCCAACAUGAAGGCCACCAGCAAUGCUGUUGAUGAGUUGGCUCACGGCCGUACGCCCAAGGAGAUUGACAAGAUUGGCCGCUCCGUCCCCGCGCCUGGCCAGGGUAUCCUGACGACGGCCCGCGAGCAUGCCAGCAAGUUCCCCUCGCCCCUUCUGGAUAUCAACUAUCGUCGCCGCCAGAUUGAACUUCGCAAGAAGCAGGUCAAGCAGUGGCAGGAGUCUGAGCUUGAAUACCUCUGGGAGGAGGUUGAGGCCAUGAAGGCUCAGGGACACGGCUUCGAUGAGAAGGAGUACGCCCACGAGCGUGCGUUGCACAUUGAGAAGGAGGCGCAGAGGCAGGAGAAGGAGGUCCUGCGCAGCCUGGGCAACAACUUUUGGAAGUCGGACCCUACCAUUGCACCUCUGCGCGGUGCCCUUGCUACAUGGGGUCUCACGAUCGACGACCUGGACGUCGCCUCGUUCCACGGUACCUCGACCAAGGCGAACGACAAGAACGAGUCAUCUGUCGUUUGCCAGCAGCUCAAGCACCUUGGCCGCAAGAAGGGCAACGCCGUGCUGGGUAUUUUCCAGAAGUACCUCACUGGUCACCCCAAGGGUGCUGCCGGUGCCUGGAUGAUGAACGGUUGUUUGCAGGUCCUCAACUCGGGUCUCGUGCCCGGUAACCGCAACGCCGACAACGUCGACGCCGUCAUGGAGCAGUUCGACAUGAUCGUCUACCCCAGCCGCAGCAUCCAAACGGACGGCGUCAAGGCCUUCUCGGUCACGUCGUUCGGUUUCGGUCAGAAGGGCGCGCAGGCGAUUGGUGUGCAUCCCAAGUACCUCUACGCCGCGCUUGACGAGGAGACGUAUGAGGCCUACAGCGCCAAGGUGGAGGCGCGUCAGAAGAAGGCAUACCGCUUCUUCCACAACGGCAUGAUCAACAACACGCUGUUCGUGGCCAAGAGCAACGCUCCCUAUGAUGAGGAGCAGCUGGGCAAGGUCCUACUGAACCCCGACGCGCGCGUCUCGGUUGACAAGAAGACUUCGUCUCUGACGUACGCUCCCAACUUUAUGAAGCAGUCAGAGAAGACGGUCAAGACGAGCGCGGCCAAGGCGACGCAGGACAUGAUGGAGACGCUGGCGAAGAAGACGGUCUCGAGCAACAGCAAGGUCGGCGUUGACGUCGAGGACAUCUCGGCCAUCAACAUUGAAAACGAGACGUUUGUGACAAGGAACUUCACGGCGGGCGAGAUUGCCUACUGCCAGAAGGCGCCCAGCCCUCAGAGCUCAUUUGCGGGGCGAUGGAGCGCCAAGGAGGCCGUGUUCAAGUCCCUCGGCGUCGCCAGCAAGGGCGCCGGCGCGGCGCUGAAGGACAUUGAGAUUUCCAAGAACGAGGAUGGUGCUCCCGUGGUUAACCUCCAUGGCGAUGCUGCGGCAGCGGCCAAGAAGGCAGGUCUCAAAGAGAUCAGCGUGUCUAUCUCGCACUCGGACUCACAGGCAAUCGCAGUGGCGGUGGCUACGUUUUGA